AGUUAUGCAUACCAUAUGUUCUAUACCAACCGCCAAAAAAAUAAAGAAGAUAAAGAUAAAACUUUUAUUCUGAAAGGACCUUUUCCUUUUACGGAGAAAAAUAAACACCACCGGUUUGUGCGUGAAAAUCAUAAAAGCGGAACAGGAGGCCUCUUAUCCAAGGGAACAAAGGGUGACAGGUUUGACCAACAUGGGAACAGCCAGAUCUCUGUAAUCCAGUGUCCAGCAAAGAUGUCAAAGCGCCCAUCCUACGCUCCACCUCCUCCUCCUGCCCCAACAACACAAAUGCCUUCCACCCCAGGGUUUGUGGGCUACAACCCUUACAGCCAUCUGGCCUACAACAACCUCCGGCUGGGAGGGAGCUCCGGAGGCUCCAGCAGGAACUCCUCGGGGAUCACCGUCCCAAAGCCUCCCAAACCUCCAGACAAGCCUCUGAUGCCAUACAUGCGGUACAGCCGGAAGGUAAGCAGGAAGGUAUGGGACCAGGUGAAGGCAUCCAACCCAGACCUGAAGCUCUGGGAGAUUGGGAAGAUUAUUGGAGGAAUGUGGAGGGACCUGACUGAUGAAGAGAAGCAGGACUACCUGAAUGAGUACGAAGCUGAGAAGAUUGAGUACAAUGACUCUUUGAAAGCUUAUCACAACUCGCCAGCUUACUUGGCUUAUGUGAAUGCCAAGAACCGGGCUGAGGCUGCAAUGGAGGAGGAGAGCAGGCAGAGGCAGAGUCGCAUGGACAAAGGAGAGCCAUACAUGAGCAUUCAACCUGCAGAAGACCCUGAUGACUACGAUGACGGUUUUUCAGUGAAGCACUCAGCAGCUGCUCGCUUCCAGAGGAACCACCGACUCAUCAGUGACAUUCUCAGUGAGAUUGUUGUCCCUGACGUCCGCUCUGUGGUCACCACAGCCCGCAUGCAGGUCCUUAAGAGACAGGUCCAGUCACUCAUGGUGCAUCAGAGGAAGCUAGAAGCAGAACUUCUGCAGAUUGAAGAUCGACACCAAGAAAAGAAAAGACGCUUCCUUGAGACUACUGAUUCCUUCAAUACUGAACUGAAGCGGCUGUGCAGCCUGAAGGUGGAGGUGGACAUGGAGAAGCUGGCAGCAGAGAUGGCUGCUGCAGAGGAGGCAGCAAGGCGACGCGCGGAGGAACGGGAACGAGAAGCGGCUGAGCAGGCAGAGAAAGCGGCACAACAACAGGAGGCUGCAGCAAACAAAGCUGCAGAGCAGAACAAUACUAACGCCACCUCAGGGACCAAAGAGGAAGACAAGCCUACACCAAUGGAGACAGAUGAAGCUGCGCCUGCGGAGGCCCUCUCUGACCAACAGUCUGUUCCACCUCCUCCAUCUGACCCACCCUCCUCUGGCUCUGAUAUUGCAGCCCCUCUGCCCGAGCCCCCCAGGGAGAGCAGCACUCCUGUCAGCAGUGCUCCCAGUGAUGACAGCAACAGCAUGCCCCCUCCAGCAGAUGGUAACCCUGGAGCAACAGCAGUGUCGGACCCCUCAGCAGGACAGGAAACGGCUAACCCGGGGGCUGCAGCACCUCCCUCUUCCUCAGAAGAAGUAGCCCCCCCACCGCCACUACUUCUCCCUAAUCAGAGUAGCCAACAGUAUGUUGGAGAAUAGAUGUGAGAGUAGAGUUAGAACCUGACUGGUAGCUGUACAAGUCAACCCUGUAAACACCAGGAUGUAGUUGUGACGAUGGUUGUUCUUCUUGUUGGAGUUCCAAGUAAUGCCUCCUAAGUUUGGAGAUAACAGAGGGCACAGUUACUGAUAUCUUUAAAACUGCUCUGAUCCCUCUGCAAACCAAAGGGGUUCAUUUCCAGUUCAGAAACAACCAUUUCAUUGACAGAUCAUCUGUUUCCCUUCUGCAAUGGAAAAACUCCAAUUCUUCUAGUUUAUGACAUACCUCUGCUUUGUUUUUACAAGCCAGGUAGAUCUUUGUAGGAGACUAUAAUCAACCUGUAAAACCUGCCUCUUUGACUAAGAUAGCAUUUCUGGAAGAACAUCAGUUUGACACCUUCUGCAUGCUCCAAGUAUGAACCCUCCUCCUGCAGUUGGAGCAUUACCUUGUCUUAUCACAAAUAAGAGGAAACUUCAGAAUAUGUGGAAUAAAGCUAACCUCUCAGUACUUUUACGUACUUUAAAGUCAGCAUAGAUGUUUGCUCCCUUGUUCUGAUCACGUUUAUGCUGAAAGAACAGAUGUACUCCAUGUGUCCUUUAAAGCGUAUACAUUAGAUAUUACCACCAUUCAUUUGCCUGUUUCUGCUGACAUUACAAGCAUUUACCUACACCAGAGAAAUGCAUGGGCCACUCCCAUUUAAAGGUCAACCUCAUUUAUGCAUCUAAAUGACUGAUUUCAUACUUGAAAUGGGCCUUUUAGUAAUAUGCCUCUUUUUUCUACUGUCUGAUCGUAUUCAAAUAAAUUUGAUUUCCCAA